AUGCCUGAUGGUAAAAGAUCAAUUACCCAAGUGGAAAUAAAAUCGAAGACAUGCCACAGAUGCAUAGUAGCAGAUGACAUUGUCCAGUCGAAAAUUCAAAAAACCAACCAAUUGAUAGAGAAUCUGCAAAAAACAUUGAACGAGAUCAGGUUCAAAACAAAGAAAACAUUGUUAGAAGUUGCAGCAUCUGUUGACAGUGAACCAGAAAAAGUGGCAAAAACUACCGAUCCAACAAAGAAAACUGAGAGAGGUAAAGGAGAAAGUGAACCAAAACUGGAAUCCAGAGAAGAAAAUAGCAUCAUCCCGUUAAUAGUUACUGAGGAAACCUCUGACGAAGCAGAAACAACUCACCUACAAGUACCCGAUGCAUCACCGGUAGAAACAAAUAGCGAAACAAUAGCAGUCACAGAACCGAAGAUUUCCGAUGAAUACCCUAAUGCGUUCGAUGAAGCCCUGGACAAACUCAGACCAAAAACAAGACGUCCUUGUCGUUGUACUGAGAAAGUAGUCGACUCAACAGAUAAGUUCCGAACGGCCCCUGUAGACGGGACUGUAGACGAGGAUGAAUUCGAUAAUCUGCAUGCAAAACUCAAUGCCAUCGUUGAAUCAACGGGAAGUAAUGUUUCAAUUGUUGAUGAGGAGAAAACCAUUGAAGAUAGAUUGGGAGGAAUGGGAGGACCAAGGGUCUCUUUUGUCGGUUCCGAAGAUUGGCUGUUUCGAGAUUUCGUCUCGGGGGCAGCUUCCGUGACCACCGAAAACAUCACUACUGCAGUCAGGUCAUCCCAAACUGAAAAGCCGUAUCAACCGAUUCUAGUAAAUAAAAACACCGGUAGACUAGAAAUACCUCCGAAGAAACCUGUUCUAGAACUUUCCGUACAAGUGUUACCCUCCUUGAACAUCGUCACAGAACCGAUAGUCCAAACACUCGUCAACUUUUUUAUCGAUGCAUUUGGCAGGACUCACGUGACGUACAAGAACGAAGGCACCAACGUGGGUUUCUUCGAAGUAUACUCUUCUUCACUAACGAAGGUGUUUUCGGCCGAAAAUAGCGAAAUAAUAUCCACUGCGAAUAGAUUGCACUACAGAAAAAACGAAGGAGCGGCGUCUUCCAGAGAAGGGUUGCAUGAAUAUAAACCCUCCCGAAUGAAAAGGCUAAGGUCUUUUAGCGAUUCGGAAUUGGUUUUGAGUAAGAAUGGAAAACUGAAACAAUCUCCAGCGGAUUCUUUGCAUAAUUCGGAGCGGCAGAAAGUGCUUCAGUCAUACCAACUUUUGGAUAACAAAAACCAGCACGACCCGGGAGUACUGAGUGCUUUAUCAUUGGAUGUCAUCAGCACCAUCGAUGAGAACGUAUACAAAACGUAUAUCAAUCCUAAAGGGUUCUCCGUUCACCAUAUAUCGAACAGCAACUAUUCCACUAACAAACCAAAAUGUGCCACCUUGGAGAAGUUAUCUUCAAUAAAGUCGUUGAUCAAAGCCUCUGAAUCAGAUGGACUAAGACAGAAGAAAUCGAUGAAGGCAUUAGAAAAAUCAAUUCAAGCUGGAUCAAAAACCACAGCGGUGCAAACAGAACCCGAAGGUGCUCCCAAAUUAUACAACAUCGGCUUAUAUAAAACGAAAUCCACUCAGAUCGCUCAUCUAGCUGAAUUGGCCUGCAAACAUCAAAGAGAAGCCAAAGAUGAGAAAAAGAAAUUGGAAGAACAGAAGGCAAAAACGGUUGAGGUGGGAGAUACAAAUGAAAAUACGCAAGAGAAGAAAAAGGAGAUAGCUGAAUUGGCAGAUAAAGAAAUGAAAAUGAAGCAAGAGAAGGAAAAGGUGGCACCUGCGGCAGAGGAAAAAACAAAGCUUGAGAAAGAAGAGAAGACACCUGAGACGAGAGAUAAGGAGAAGUCCAAGCGGGAGGAACCCAUGGAGUCAUUUGACUCAGCAUGUAAGGAUACAAAGCGGGAGAAGAUUGGGGAGGUUUUUGAAGCGGGCCAUGAGGAGGAUGUGGAGAAGGAAGAAGGUAAGCAAGAAAAAACGAAAAAGCAAGAAAUCAGUCUCGAUUCAGUUUCUACACCUCGGAUACACGCAGAAAGUUCGAUUUCGUAUGAAAUAAUCAGCAUGAGUGUUAGUUAUUCCACUGAGGAAUCAAUCACCACAGAAUCUUCUGCCGACGUAGUACAAAGAAGACCUAAAGCUCAACACUCUUCAAAAGUUGCGACGGAUAAAGGCGAAAAAUCGUCUCUCGACCUCGAAACAGUCGACGAUCGAAAAUAUAGACAAAUGAGGAUGAAGUCCGGAUCGUGCGUAAGACGAUCCAAAGAGUUGGAGACGUUCAAGAAUCUCAGAGAUAAAAUAACGAAGGAACAUGCUACCGACGUAAGGGUAUCUAAUCUUGAACUGGGGAGCGACCAAGGCGCCAUUGAAGAAGAUGGUGACGACAUUUCAAACAUAGCAGUACCUACAUUCAUAAGCGGUUUGGUGGAGACAACAACUUCUAAUCUCAAAAAGGUCAUACCUCACAUUCGAAGGUCGGUAAGGGUAGGCAAAUCAGACAUUCGGCAAUCUGCGGUGUUUGCGGGGAAAAGUUCAUCUAAGUUGGAGGGAAUGGUGGAAGGAGGAUCACAAAACUUAUCUUCAGGUUCCAGAGACAAAGGUAAACGCAAGUCAUCGCAAAAGGAAGUCAGAAAAAAUUCCAAGAUAUCGUCGUAUCUGCCCAAAAUUGAUGACGAGAGAGAGCUUAAUAAUCAUAACUAUAAUGUCUCCCCUGUAUUGAUUCAGGGCGAUGCUAUGCCCCGUCGGUACUUCGAGAAACCUCCCGAAAGAUCCCCUUUGCACGCCGAAAAGAACGGAAGAUACAGAGACGAGGAGGAUUUGUUCUGUGAGAGCAACUGCCCGAAAUAUGAAAAGCUGAUUCACGAAAAGUUUAGAGCCGUGCCGGCUAGCUUGUACAAGUCCAAGCUCAACUUGGAUUCUUCCAACAGUGACACAAUUACCAAUUCCGAGAGGGUGUUAUCCGAGGGGGAGGUGAGAUGUGAGUGCAGCGUAAGCAUCGGGGAAUUUCACGCUUGUAGGAGGAAACGCUCCCCAUCUAAGUUCAGGAGACCGCAUUCUUUUCUCGCAGAAGAACGUGGUGCUGAGAUUAGGAAACGAAGGACUUAUUUCAAUAACUGGGUAACUUAUUAUCUGAAUAAAAAUACCCUACCGUUGCAUGAUAGUAGCUCAACGUCGUAGCGAUUAUUUUAGUGGUUUUGAAUUAAAUUCAUUUAUUAGGAACUAGUGUAGGGAGAGAAAGCUUUGAAUUCAGCGAAAUAAAGCGUAUUUCAAUAUA